AAGUCAAUCAACUCGCACGAACGGCACCACACACAGAUGCUUUUCGCAUCACCAGCAAGAGUCAGAAGAGUGUCCCAAAAAGCAAAGGAAAAAGGUAUCGGAUACCCGUGGCAAUAAAAGGCAUUUUUAACCCGUUCCGUUCCCGUUUGUUACGAAUGUUUCGGUUCGCGCAGAUUGUCCGCGUUCUAGUCCCCUUCGAAUAGUAGCCAAAAUCCGACGGUGCUCGCGCGUUUCGCGUACCCAACAAGAACGAAGAAUCCGAAAGAAAAUCGUUCCUCGACCGACACUCGGCCAUCUUGAAAGUUGAUCCCCUCGUCUUCACUCUCGGGGUGCUGUUGGUCGUUCGUAAUCCCUACAGGGAAAUAUUCGGCUAUUUGCCGUAAUUACGGUGCAGUGCGUUCCAGCUCAGAAAGGAAUAAGCGGCCGCUGGUUCGUCCCAAAAAGGAAAGGCCAGUAAAAGGGAGAAACACUUUCCCGGGAUUGACCCCAAUCUUUCUUUGUUACGAGUUUUUCCGUUCGGAUCGAACCGGGUAGAAAACAGCAUAAGCAUUGGUAGACAGUGCUAAGAAAGCAGAAGCUGAAAGCGGAGAUUUCUGUCCAGUUGUAUGUUCAGAUUAUGCCUGAUCCCUGCGACCAGAUGUCCACAUAGCCAUGGCUGCGACGCGAAAGUUGCAAGGCGAAAUUGAUCGGUGUCUCAAAAAGGUCACUGAAGGCGUAGAAACGUUCGAAGAUAUUUGGCAAAAAGUUCACAAUGCUACAAACAGUAAUCAAAAGGAAAAAUAUGAAGCCGAUCUCAAAAAGGAAAUCAAGAAACUGCAGAGGUUACGUGAUCAGAUCAAAUCAUGGAUCGCAUCCGGCGAGAUCAAAGACAAAAGUGCGCUGCUGGAGAAUCGACGGCUCAUAGAGACCCAAAUGGAACGAUUCAAAGUUGUGGAGCGAGAAACGAAAACAAAAGCAUACUCCAAGGAAGGACUAGGCGCUGCGCAAAAGAUGGAUCCAGCGCAGCGCGAAAAGGAGGAGAUUAGCAGUUGGCUGACAUCGUCCAUCAGCUCGCUGCAGAUUCAGAUCGACCAGUUCGAAUGCGAGGUCGAAUCGUUGAUAGCAGGCAAGAAAAAAAAGCUCGACAAGGACAAGCAGGAGAAGAUGGACGAGCUGAAAGGUAAGCUGGAGAGGCACAAGUUUCACGUAACCAAACUAGAAACGUUACUCCGAAUGCUGGACAACGACGGUGUGGAGGUGGAGCAGAUCAAAAAAAUAAAAGAAGACGUGGAGUACUACAUCGAUUCCUCUCAGGAACCCGAUUUCGAAGAGAACGAGUACAUCUACGACGAUAUCAUCGGGAUGGACGAGGUGGAAAUCUCUGCAGGUAUGGGGCCCGGAGGCACGGAAAGCAAUAAUAGCAAUGAAACCGCAGGAUCUCCCAGCAGCUUGAUAUCUGGAACUAGCCCAUCGCAAUCGCCUGUGAUGAACUGCAGUGCGUCUACGAUACAUAACCACAGCAGUGAUGCGUCUGUGAUUGCCGUCGACGGUAGUGGCGAUAAACGACCGAAAGAUGUUAAAAUUACGCCGGUGAAACCUACGGCAAUCAGGCCGAACAAAGUGGACAUCAGCACCUUAUCAGCCGCUGCCGGAAGCAUUGCUAUGAGUAUCAGUAGUACUACCAACAAUACGUCCAGUAGUAAGCCAGGUCUAAUAAGUUCGACGCCGAGUAAAAACCACACGAAUGCAGCGGCUGUGGUGGCGGGAGCGGUGGUACCUAAUUUAAGCGGUAUUGUAGCUCCGCAAGCGCCUCCUGGUGGACUUGUCCAGCCAAUUAUUGGACCGGCAUUUGCAGCUGUGGCUAAACAGCAUCCCAAAAACGGCACGAUACAUCAGUCCAGCGUUUCAUCCACGUCGACGACAUCGUCUGUUUCAAGUGGUCAACCGUCGGCGACAAUAGUACCCAAUGCAUCUGGUGCCGCAGUUAGUAACCUCAGUCAGAUUGUGAAUGCAUCUCAACCUACGCUUAGUCAACAGUUGCAACAGGCGCAGCAACAACAGCAGCAGACUAAUCUCGCGUCCAGUUUGCUGACGAAUGCUGCGGCUGUAGUGGCAGCCGGAGGUAAUGCGCCUUCCCAACCUCCGCCGCAACAGCAACCACAGCAGCAGCAGCCCCCGCAGGUUCCUGGCCAAAAUUCCAUACCACCUCCACAUGGUGGCGUGCUCACGUCUGCGUCAUCCGGUAUCGAGAAUAAUCACGUAAUGACGAGUUCAUCGGCAUCAACCAUUAGCAGUAGUGGAGCGAAUAUCAUCAACAACUGUGUAUCUCCUAGUAACUCAGCUGUCAGCAGCAGGGCAUCUCCCAGCUUGAUGUCCCCGCCACAGCAGCAACUGUUGAACGGUCCUACAACACUCGGUAAGAAUGCCACCAAUCAUGCUGUAUCAAUGCAUAUAGCAAGCACUCACCCGAUGUCUACAUUGAAAAACAUAGCCCAGGAAGUGAUAAACCGGACCACUGGGACCUUGGAUGCUAGCCAAUCAUCGGUCGCUGGUAGUGCAGUGGUUCCUCAACAGCCCUCGCAAGCCGGUACUCAAUCCCAGCAGCAACCUCCGACGGUACAGCAGCCACCCCAGCCCCAACCAGAUACGAGACAACCCGGUGGUCAGCCUGUUCAACCAGGCCAACAGCAGCCCGGCGCUCAGCAACAACAGCCACCACCGCAGCAAACACAGCCGCAGCAACAGCAGUCUUUUACCCUGGUGGAUCCGGCUAGCAGUGCGAACUCUCUAAUACCUACGUCGUCAUCUACUGCCAUCAGUAACGGGCCGAAUGCUAUCAACACUAGCACUAGUAUUGUUGCAAAUACGGCGAAUCCUAAUGUGCCCAGCGCCAAUAUGAAAGUAAGCGGAACGAAUGAGGCGCACAUACCGCCGCUAUUAGGUGUGGCACCACUUGGGCCAUCGCCGCUGCAGAAAGAACACCAGAUACAAUUCCAAAUGAUGGAAGCCGCGUACUACCACUUGCCAACGCCAAGUGAUUCCGAAAGGCUUAAGACCUAUUUGCAACGGCAGCCCGUGCAGACACCUCCGCAUUACCCACAGCAACCACUUCCACAUUCUGACACGGUAGAGUUUUUCCAACGCCUCUCGCCUGAAACGCUGUUCUUUGUGUUUUACUACAUGGAGGGCACCAAGGCGCAAUAUCUGGCGGCGAAGGCUCUCAAAAAGCAGAGCUGGCGAUUUCAUACAAAGUAUAUGAUGUGGUUCCAGCGCCAUGAAGAGCCGAAAAUCAUCAACGAAGAGUUCGAGCAGGGCACCUACAUCUACUUCGAUUACGAGAAGUGGGGUCAGCGGAAAAAGGAAGGAUUCACUUUUGAAUACAAGUACUUAGAAGACAGGGACCUGAAUUGAUCUACGAUGAUUGUGGAACUUCUUUUUAAAGAAAUGUUAUAAAAAAUGCAAAAACAGAAAAAAUAAAAAAUCGGAAAUAUA